AUGUGCGUAGCCGCGGUAUAUCUCUGCGCGCGCUUUAUACCGCGGCAGGCAAGACGUCUCUCCGCGUCAUCAGCCUCACCACAUCGUGACUCUUCUCCACCUCUCCACCUCUCCACCUUUGCGUCACCUGUUCGGAGAUCCGCACAGCCUUGCUGUACUGUAACAGCCCUACCGACCAUUCGGCGGUUAUUUGUGGCUCGUGCGCUCCGCGCUUUUCUCUGCGACGCAGUCACGUUUCAAGGGUGGCCCUCGUCUGGUAUCAGAACUCGUGCGCCCCCAGCUGUGAGGCGUUUGACGGCUGUCUUGGACCUGUUUCCUGGGUCGAGUUUUGGGCGCGUUGCUAAGGAAGGCACUGUGAAGUAG